CUCGUGCAUUUACGUGUUUUGGUCGAAACAGAGCAGACGACAACUUUUAUACUGCUUUCCACCAUAGGCACUGGGUGGUUUUAGAGUUUUGUUUGCGUCGCUAAUUUAACUUUUGUUUUAGCAAUGGCAUGGCAAGGAAGAUUUGAUGAUAUUGGCCAGUAUGGAGAAGGCGACAAGACUGGGAAAUCGUUCAAAAACUUAGCGAACACAAGCCAAAGGCAAAACCAACGCUUCGACACUGUAUCGACUUCAACAAAACAUGAAGUGCCCGCUUCCGAACAAAUCAAAAGACUGUGUGACAUCAAAGCAGACACGAUUUCCGUGACAGUAACAGGCAUUAUUAUAGCAAAAGAACCUCAGCGAUCGUUCCUCAGCAAAAAAAAUAUUGGUAGUGAAAGACAUCUCAUUUCAUUCAUCGUGAGAGACUCACCCUCAUAUUUUGUGAAUGUCACUUGCUGGGGAGGAUUUGAAUUCAUUCAUCAUAUCGCCACCAGUUUCAAAGUUGGAGACAUAGUUCAGAUCAAAAGUGCUCAAGUACAGGCGAAGGCGAGCAAUCAGUCUGAUGAAAAGUUCAAACCAUGGACACCAGUCCCAUUUCAACUUAGUGUAUCAGAAAACCAUGGCUCUAUAGAUUCAUAUGCUGGAUGGGAUAUACAAAGCUACAGAAACUUUCUGACAAUUCCAACACGCUCAAGCAACAAUUAUUAUGCCUUAGAAGACAUAAAUAUAAGUGGUGGUACACUUCAAGACCAGCAUGUCAAUAUACUUGCCUGCAGUCAGAAAGGUUAUGUUGGUCAGGUACGUUUUCUGACAACAAAAAUGGGAAAACAAACGAAGAAAUGUGAGAUCAUCCUGUUUGAUAAAACAUGCCCAGCAUUUUCUCUAGAUCUAUGGGAUCAUCAUGUGGAUACAGCCUUUCAGUGGAUUCCAUAUGACACUGUGAUCUUUGCAGCUGAUAUAAAAAUCACUUACAACAACUUCAAAUCAAGUCUGGUGGCCUCAGCUGACUGCAAGACCAUCUUUACAACAAAUCCAGAUACACGGGAAGCUCGUUGUUUGCGACAGUUCCUAAGAACCCAGGAUGCUGGCAUGGACAUCGACUUUGACCUUCCAAUGCAUGAUGUUGACCCAGAUGUCAAUAGCAUCAAUGAAGUGUUCACUGUUCAGCAAGUGAAGAUGAAGCAGGUUGCUUUGUCCAGAGACAGCUCAACAGUUCCUCACUAUGGUGUAAUGUUUGCUGUACUGACAACAUUUGAUAUUGAUGGGAUCAGUGUUCGAUGCAGAAGACCAAUUGAAAAUUCUGUACAGUGUUUGAAGCCAGAAUGCGCUACUAAUUUGACUGGGAUUGUGGAUCCUAGCAGCACAGUGAUAUUGGAGUACAAUUUUACUGUUGGACUGUCUGACCACACAGGCACCAUUGCAUUCUGCCACCUUCUAUCAGAAGUGGCUGAGUCCCUUGUAGGCUGUAAGCCUUCAGUUUUCAUGGCACUCUCUGAUGAACAACGUACUCAAAUAAAAUGGCAAGUCCUGCUUGAAAGGUGCAAAGUAAUAUUUAAGUUGCGGAAAUUCAGAAGUGAUAAGAUCAGUGCUCCUCUAAAAAUUUUGUUGUUGGAAAAGCAGGUGUUUACUACCAGUAUCCCUGGUAAAAAAUAACCAAUGAAUUCCACAUGCUUUCAUAUAUGUAUCAGAAAUCUAUCUCUAAACCUAUACAUAUGCAAUCAAACAAGUAUGAAUGCAACAGUACUUCCUUAAUGACUUAUGAUGCUAGUCUUACUUUUAAGGAUAGUCGUAAUUGCAAAAAAAAAAAAAAAAAAUUUCAUUAAACAAUGUCCAUGUUCAGAUAUUGUCAAAUAAAACAAUUACACUAAAAAGAAUAGUUUUAAGGAGAAUGUUAUUAAAUCAUAGACACAGCUGUGCACAAAGUCCAUUUGCUAUAGAACUGAAAUAUGACUGUUUAAUCCAUCCUAGUCAUACCCGGAUAUUAGGGUUUGGAAGGAUUUUUUUGUUUAUACAGUGCACCAAAUGCUCUAUUCAGAAGUAGCCAUUAAUCUACAAUAGUUUUCACAUUUUUUUUACCAUAGUUGAUUAAGAUUAAAAUUUCUUGAAUGGUUGAUGUUAUGUUCUGUUUAGAAUUGCUAUUGAUUAGCUUCUGAAAAUGUUAAUAAAGGAUUCUUAAAGUGUUGAGCAUUUUCUAGAUCACUGAAUAGUGAAAUGCUGUUGCUUUCAAAACAAUUUCCAAAUUCCUAAUUAUAGAAAAUUGCCAUUCCUUUUGACAUGCUGCAGACAUCUGUCCUAUUUAGAUUUAAAGUGCACAGAGUGGCAAUCCUUUUGUAACAUACUAACCACAGCAUUUGUGGUCUUCAAAAUCACGUAGAAUUCAUACAGACUAAAGACAAGCCUGGUCAUGCCUCAGCAUAUAGGCAAAUUGUACUCUUUGGGAGAAACCUCCAGCAUCUGUAGACUUUCUGUAAAUGCAUAGCAUGCAGCAUGUUAGUACAAGAAUGAUUCUUUAGACAAGUUAUCUUCUUUAAAAAAGUUUGAUGAAAAAGAGUUUGCAACAGUCAUCAGCACUAAAAUUCAAUACCAUUCUUUAAAUUACUUCAGAAUUAUGAUUCACAUCCUUUAUAAUCUUUUAAGAGAACAUCAUGCUUCUUUUUAACAACGCUGUUCACAGCUCUUAACUCUUCCUAUGCAGUUUGCACCUACAGAUGCUACAACUUAAUCCACAAGCUCAAUUGUGUCAAUUCAUCCAUAUGGAAUGUGUUAAACCCAUGCCAUUGAGGCCUUCCAAUUCUGACCUUUGGAAAA